CUAAAGUCCCACCCUCUUUCUUCCCCAGCCCUUUCGUUUCGUUCCCCCACCUCGGCGGUGCGUCUGCGCUGUUCGGCCCUUCCAGGACGCCGUCCAUCGCGCGCCCAGUUGGGAGUCUAGCGGCAACCUGCCUCCGUGACAUGGCCGGCUCAGAGGCUGAGUGGAUAACUGUUGCCAAUAACCUUCUUUUGAAAUGUCACAUACACCUGAGGAUACGAGAACUGGAAGACUGUGAUGCUAAUGUUUUUAUUGCUCUUUAUCAAUCCAUUUUGGGAGAAAAGGUACCAGACCUCAUAGCUAUUCCCAGGAGUCAAGAGGAUGAAGCUCACAAUGUACAAGCAGUAAUUGAUUCGCUGGCCUUGGAUUACCUGCAAGUCAGCUUGUCUCACAUAACAGGAGAAAAUAUAGUGAAGGGAGAUAAAGAAUCUAUUAAGAAUCUGCUAGAAAUCUUUGAUGGGUUGCUGGAGUAUCUUACAGAACACAUCAGUGAGACAUCUCAUGAAAAAAGUGAAACUGGACAGAGUUUUAAAGAAUUCCAUCAAGGAGAACCUUUAGAAGAGCCAGAAAGUACUAAGGAAUCCAAAUCAUCAUGGAAAAAGGUUUCUUUUGGGAGGUGCUCCUUGUCAUCUGAGGCUUUGGGCCCCUCUUGGGAUGGAGAUGAAACAGAGUCCACUGGUGAAGUAAUUAGACUCGGAGACACAGCACACACCUUUUCUCUAAGAAGUAAUGGUGCCGAAGGCCCUAACCAAAUGCAGUCCAAAAAAGCCUCAACUCUAUUACAUGAAGAAGUGCUACACCCUCCCUCAUCUAGUUUUUUGUCCAAGAGUAGGACAUCCUUUGUUGAAGACAUGGAAAUUCCUUCUGUGGAUGUGAUUCCAAGUGCUAGGAAACUAGGGGAACCUAUUCAAUCAGCUAUUCCUUUACAUCCACCCUACCACCCUUCAGAGCCUCGAGCACCCUGUCCCAUAGGAAAAGAAUACUUGCGCUCAAGUCACAUCUCCCCUGCUGUGAAUUCUACUGGAGAGGGCACUGCAUUUUCUGUGGAAUCAGAUAAUAGAGUUCUCUUAACUUCUAAGUUGCCUAAAGAUAGCAAACAGGAAAUGGUUUCAGCUCAGAUCCAAAGCCCUAGGACAAGGAAACUUCCCACAGGAAAAAGAUACGAAGGUAGACCUACAGUCUCAUCCUGGGAUUCACCCUUCUCCCAGAGGGCAAGGAAGAGGUUAACAGAACAAGAAAUACACGCAGUUUCCGAGAAACUCUCUCAACGGCUCUCUGAACUAGAUUGGAUGUUAAAAAGUGCCCUGGGUGAUCGAAUUCAAGAAAAGACUGGCUACGAAGAAGAUGAUAUUGGAAAUGAAGAGAUGGAGAGUGGAAAUGAUGAGACACUGUCUCAACACAGUGACAGCAUCAUGGAGUAUGGGCCGAAGAAGCGAAGGCCAGGAGUUCCUAUGCAUAGAAGGCCACCCUACAGAUCUCAUUCGCUCUCUCCAUCUCCAGUUAACAAAAACACACAGUUCCAUAUGGAGAGAAAACGGCAGCGAAAGCCUAAAGAGGCAGAUAUCCACCAAUUCCAAGCAAAGGCAAUAACGGAAGCAUUUGAAAGGGAGCUAAGAAGAAAUAAAGUUCAAGAGAAUAUUGGAUCUCUAGGAAUAAAUAAUGAUGAGGAAACAGAAAAAAUAUACAGAGAAGCUGUUCAUAAAGGAACUCCAAAACGUAGUCAGCCCUGGAAGACUUACUCUAGGAAGACCGCAGCUCCAAGUCCAAGAGGUGGCUUGCCAAAGCCAAAUAAAGCAGUUCCAAUGAAAGUGAAUGAACACAGCCUCUUGCCCCUCAUGCUGGAGCAGUUUCCAUUUCUCUAUGUUUCUGGUGAAACACUAAGCAAAAUGUGGAAACAGCAAAUUACACAGGUUGAACAGCUCAGAAAAGAUGCAUAUAGAGAAAAUCGAUCAAAGAAGAAACUCCAGGAUGAAAUAGAAGAAGCCUUAAAAAAGCAUGACCUCCUUACUGUACUUGUCAAGAAAGAAUAUGAACAUAACAAGAGACUGCAAGACUUCAAGGACCGCAUUCAUAGGCAGAGGUUGACACAGUCAAAGAUAAAGGAAAACCGGCAGCAGAUUGUCCGUGCCCGAAAAUACUACGAUGAGUAUAGAAUUCAGUUGCGUGCCAAAAUGAUGAGAAUGAGGACCCGGGAAGAAAUGAUAUUUAAGAAGUUGUUUGAAGAAGGUUUACAAAUUCAAAAGCAAAGAUUACGAGACCUAAGAAACUAUGCCAAAGAAAAGCGAGCUGAACAAAAGAGACAGCACCAGAAUGAACUGGACUCCAUGGAGAACUACUAUAAAGACCAGUUUUCAUUGCUGGCAGAAGCCAUAUCACAAGAACGCCAGGAACUCAAAGCCAGAGAGAGAUCCCAGGCACAGACACUAUAUAAGGUGAAGAGGGAGCUGAGGUCGAAGAUGGAGAAGGAGAUUCAACAACUUCAGUGCACGCUCACCCAGGAUGACGACGAUGCUUUCUUCCGGGAACUGGAAGCUGAGCGCUUCAGAUCGCGCCUUCAUCUGGCUUCUUUUCAGUACAGUAAAAAUCCCUUCCCAUGAGACCAGAUUUUGCAAGUGAAGUUUCUGGAGGACGUUACCAGGACAGAGCUAGAACUGAGCCAGUAAACACUCUUAAACCAGGAGACUCCUUUCCAAAUGCUUUAGUUAUAUAUUCAUUCCAGUACUUUUUAUGACAUGAUUUUUUUAAAUAAAAAUUUUCUUGAAGUA